CUCCUUCUCUCUCCAGAGCAAGAAAAGAGAAUUACCCCAAUAAUUGUGUAUCCGACGCAAAAGACAACAUCAGCUGCUCUUGGCUCCAAGAUGACUCUCCCGUGCAAAGUGUUUGUUGGACCGAGCAGCCACGUCCAUACCGAUGUGGAAUGGCUAGCAAAUGACACCGCCGUCGAUGUGGUUUACAUGCAAAGCAGAGUUACAGAGGGGGAACGACAAGCAAUUGUAGAAAAUGGUGAAAACUUCAUUGAAGUGCCACUGAUUUUUGAUUCUGUUGAAGAAGUGGAUUUUUACACAGACUUUACGUGUCUGGCCCAGAACAGAUACGGAUACCAAGUACUGCCAACAAGGGUCAAGCAGGAAGCUGUCGGCUUGUCCUGGUACAUUGCAAUGAUUCCCAUCGCAUUGGCCUGUGUGAUCGUUGGGGGGAUAUGCAUGCACAAGUGCUGGAAGUGGAGAGCCGAUAAAGGAUACGCAAUAGCAAAGGUUUAA